AGAUAGUAGUUGAAUGGUGAAAGUAGGCAAGUUAGAGACUUGACGGUCGAUUGUUUUGUUAAAACCUUUCAUCCCUCAACAGGUGUUUGAGAAAACGUAAAGAUGGCGGACGCCAACGGAAUCGAGCGGGGUCCGGGUGCUACACCUGAGGACUUCGUCAAGGCAUUGGAAAAAAGAGAGAUGGCACGACUUCAGGUGCCCAAGGUUAACAUUUUUCACUUCAACGGGGAUAGAGUGUCCGAGUGGCUUGAGUUGCUGGAGCAGGUCAUUAGCGAGGCGUUAGAAGCAGACAAAUUCAAGCUGAUGCCUAGGUAUGUAUGGCGGGAGCUUAGACCUGAGGUAGUGAAGGUAGCGGCCGACGCAAAUGGUGAGUGGGCAAAGUUUAAAGAGGAGAUGCAGAGACGUUUCAAGUUAGGUGACGGCUUGCUCACCAAAGAAGACCUGGAAAUGUUGAGACGUGAUGAGUUCUCCACAGUGGGGGCCUUCGCCACGACGUUUGAGAAAAUGGCAAAGAAAGUCCCAGGGUUGGCAGAAGAGGAGCAGUGUGUCACUUUCCUAGAGCACUUCAAGAACUGGGAGGGCUCGUCGCUAACUAAGAAGGCUGCGCCAGGAAAGAAGCUCGCUUGGGCUGCCAUAAAGGAAGGCGUAAUGGACGAAGAACUGGACCAGGUAGACAUCUUCCAGAUGAGGCAGGCUAGGAAGAAAAGGAAGGCCUUAGACGCUACGACGAGUGAUGGGUGCGACUUCAAGAAAAUGGUGGAGGAUGCGGUGGCCCAACUCCAUGCAGCGAAGGACGCAAGAAGAAAAACCAUGGCAGCACCACAGACCAUAGGGAUAGCGAAAAAGGCAGUAGUGCAGGAAGAAGAAGAAGAGGAAGAAAAAAAGGAGCCUGAGCCGCAGAAGCUGACAAAGGCUCAAAGAAAAGCAAGGAAUUCGGCUCAAGGAGGGCAAGGCUCAGGGAGGGGCCAGGUCCCACAAGCUGUAGCCAUGCCGCCCCCUGAGUCGAGCGGGGAGAAGAAAGUUGUAGAACCUCCCGUGAAUGAGGAGGAGGAGGAUGACUGCCUAAGGAACGAGGAGGAUGAAAAAGCAGAGCAAAAAGCCAAGAAGAGGGGCGUUAAGGCCGAUACGGAAAAGGCCCCAGAGCAGAAAAAUAAGAAGUACACAGUUAGGGUGGAGGAAAAAUUUGACGUGGAAGAGAUUAUGGGCCGAAUCCUUGAAGGACAUAACCACCUCAUGAACUUGAAAGAUGUCUUGGCAUCAGCGCCGAAACUGCGAGAAGAGCUCAAGGCACGUUUGUGCAGGAAGAUGGUGGCUAGCGUACGGUUAGGGGCCAUAAUCCUUAAGGAAGCUGAGUGGUCGGAGACCGGUACGAAAAUGGACAGGAAGUCCGUGGCGUGCGGGUGUUUUGAUGUUGUUGUAAAGGGGAAAGCAUGCACGGCAAUGGUCGACACAGGCACAAAAAUGAACCUCAUCAAGGAGGAGGAUGCCGUGCGCCUGGGGAUGGAGAUAGACCGCUCCGACAAUGGUAUUUUAGUAGGCGCAAAUAGUCAGUCCAUUUUUGUGGGGACCGCAUCCAAGGUGGUGCUGGAGAUCAGGAAGUGGUGGAACAAAUGGGAGUUGAAGAAUCUUAGAGGUGGGCUCAAGCAGGGUUCACAAAGGCGGUACAAAAGGGUAGAUCAAAAGUGUCGCCCUGUUCCGGUGCUCAUAGCUGAAGAAAAAGAGGUGUACUACGAGCGGGAGAGAGAAUUGAUACGGCAAAUGCGAGAGGAUGCUGCGAACAUGCCGAGUCGUAUCAAUCCGGAGAUUGAGAAGGCGUUGAUUAUAGGGGAGCCUGGCUUCCUUACAGCGCAGGAAGAGAAACUUAUGGUGGAAACCAUAAGAGGAAGGCAUACUGCAUAUGCCUUCAAUGAUGAUGAGAGAGGACGCCUGGAUGUGGAUAAAAUUCUCAUGAUUAGGAUACAUACUGUGCCGCAUGAGCCGUGGAAUUUGCGGGGCGCACGCUAUCCUAAUCCUGGUGACGAAGAGAAGAUAGUUGACUACCUAGAUGGGAAGAUCCGUACACAUGUGGCAGACUACUCAAGCGGACCGUAUGCAUCCCCAUGGUUUUGUUUUAUCAAACCAAAUAGGACGUUGAGGUGGGUACAGGAUUUACAGCGCCUGAAUGCUGUGACUGUUAGAGAUGCAGGUGGCCUCCCUAACGCAGAUGCGCUUUCAGAGGCAUGCGCUGGGAGGGCUAUAAUAUCUCUGAUAGACUUGUAUUCUGGUUAUGACCAGUUUCCUGUCUACCUAUCUGACAGGCCGAUGAUGGCGAUGCAUACCCCACGAGGGCUAAUCCACAUGAAUGUCGCACCGCAGGGGUGGACAAAUGCGGUUGCUAUGGUCCAGAGGCAUAUGAUGAGAGCGAUGCAGCCAGUAAGCCCUCACAUCACGCAGCCCUAUAUCGAUGAUUUGGCCGUGAAAGGGUCGAAGGUAAAGGAUGAGCAGGAGGUAAUGCCGGGAAUCAAGCGGUUUGUUUGGGAUCAUGUGCAGGACUUGUGUCAAGUCCUGGACUUGCUACAAGAGCAUAACCUCACUGCAAGUGGGCCGAAAUCCAAACACUGUAUGCGAGGAGCGACUAUCUUAGGAUUUGUGUGCGACGAGAAGGGUCGUCGGCCAGAUACUAAGAAGACCAAUAAGAUUCUCGAAUGGCCAAUCCCAUUCGAGACGAUUACUGAGGUGAGAAGCUUCCUCGGAACGUGUGGAUUUUGGAUAAUAUUUAUAAAAGGGUUUGCGACGAAGACGGAGCACCUGCGAAAGCUCGUGCACCAAGGACAAGAUUGGGAGUGGGGAGAUAGACAGGAGUCUGUGAUAAAAGACCUGAAGAAGGAGUUUGAAGAAGGAGGACUGGUACUGGGAGUGCCAGACCAUGCGGCCGUUAUCACCAGACCCUUUAUCAUAGAGACAGAUGCAGGACCGACUGCUUUGGGAGAAGUGUUGAUCCAGAAAGACCUCAAUGGAGAGGAGCGACCGCUAAGAUUCGAGAGUCGAACGCUUAAUACGGCUGAGAGAAACUACUCUCAGUUCAAGCGCGAAACCUUGGCAGUCCUCCACUGCUUGAGAAUUUUCAGAAACUACCUCUUUGGCAGCAGGCAUGCAACGUUCCCUAUCGAGAGCUUCCUGAAGACAUGGAGGCGGCAGGACCUCGAGUCAGAGUUGACGUUCGAGGAACUGCUCGAUCUAAGGGCGCGUCAGAUCGGAGCCAUAGAAGACAGGAUUGAAGGAGCAGCGAGUAAGGUGGCAUAUAAUCGGGCACAUGAUAAGUUCAGGUGGGACAAGAUGGCAAGAGUGAGGAAGGAGUCACUCAGAAUGGGAGACACGAUGCUGUUACGACUACUGAGGAGCUACUACACUCCAGCACGUCAGGCAGAGGAGAGAAAGAGUAUGGAAAAGAAAAGGAAGGAGCCUGAGGCUGAAGGCAGGAGGACUUUUGAGAGAGGUGCCUCGUCCACAUCUCAGGAGGGUGAGAGAAGAAGGGAACAUGCUUCCCACAGGAUGGAGAGAGGAGAGGAGCUGCCGGCUAAGAGGAAUCAGGAGAGGAGGGAGUUAGAGGUGUCUGAGGCUCCUCCUCAGUCUAUUCAGAGACCAGAGGAUCAGGCUAUGACAGAAACAAGACCAGAGGCACCCUGUGAGCUGACAGGACAGAGGAUGGAUGAGGACCAGGCUGCCAGACAGAAGGAAUUGGACAGACAAGAAAGGGCCACCAGGGAACAGGAGAUCAGAGCAGAAGUCAUGAGGAAGAACCUGAAGGAACUCCACAGGAAAGUGGAACAGGGAGAGCGGCCAGUGAACUUGAAAGACAGAAAGGGAAAGAGUGUGAGCAGCCAGCAGGAAGAAGACCCUCCUCUACUCUCUGAAGCGUGGGAGAACUUUGAUAGGUUAAUGGGAGCUGCGAGAGGACCAGAGGGACCUCAACAAGAGAUGGGGGUGAAGUUGGUCUUCGCAGACUUGCUCAUAUUGAAGGGAGUAAUGAAGGAAGGAUUUGCAGCCGCACGAGCAUCAGAUCAAAAGAUUGGAGAGAGACUGACCAAGGUGGCACAGAAGGCCUAUAGUCAGGGGGUGGAAUGGGAGAAGGAGGACAAAGAGUUGAAGAAGAACCAAGAGAGACAGGACCGCGAGCUGGACGCGAUGAAGCCUCAGAACAUGCACAUGCAAGGGAAAACCAAGAGUGAGGAGUUUGAGUGGCAGAUGCCGUCCACUGUGACACUCCUGCAGGUUCGAAGGGGGCUGGAUGUGACACAUCAGGCAGAGGUGGUGAGAGAUGAGGGGGCACCGCCUAUUGAUCGGAUGGUUGCUGAGGGGCAGAUGAUCCAGGGGAGCAAGGUUGAGGCUGAGCAGGGAAUAGGCCAAGAGACCUGUCAGGACUCUACCAUGCCUCAGGGUAUGCCAUUGGUAGCAAAUUUGGAGGAGGCAUUGGGUUUGUGGGCCACAGGGUCUGGUUCAGCAGUGCGAGCGAGUGGGCCAGCGAGACAGACAGAGGAGAGCGCAGCCUGCCCCACACCAUCUGAGACUCCCCAGCAGGAGGUUACGAGCGAAGUUACGGCAGUUCCAUCCUCAAUACUCUCGCAGGAAGAAGAGAAGACGACACGGAAGAAGUCUGGGAAGUGUUUCUACUGUAAGAAGGGCAAACACUUCUCUGAUGAUUGCCCCAAGUUCUAUGAGGAUGAGGCGAGAGGGUUUGUUACCAGAGUAUCCACUGGGAUUUGGAGGGAUAGGAAUGGUAAUUUGGUUGAGAGGUCUUGUGAUGGUGGUAGAAUGCAGUUGUGCGGACAGAUAGGUGAGGGGAUGAUUGACUAGGAUUUGACAUUAGGGUCCGGAAAGGUCUAAACCUUGGCAUGAGUAAAUAUACCUCUGACUC